CCCGAACUGACAGGUAAGGUACAUUUGAGUGAGACAAGGUCGGAAAAGAGGCUACUGGGCAUACCUGCCACUGUAAUAGAACCGGCAGCAACCAUAGUAAAGAUGAACCCAGCUAGGCCGGCUGUGGGCGGGGUGAGGGUAGGAUGGUCGUGAAGCUGCAAAGUCGAACCAAGAAGACACAGGCAGCUUUCCUACGCGUUCCUCCACGUGAUCGCGAUUUGCUUUCCCAGGCCAUCAUGUCCGCGACCACCAUCUCCGUGGCUGCUCCUGCCGACUUUCAUGUUCAUCUACGCCAGGGCUCUUUCUCAGAAUUAGUUACGAGCCAUGUCAGACUCGGAGGAUUCUCCCUGGCAUAUGUUAUGGUGCCGAUAAUUCGCCUAACCUUCCAUCGUAUUUUUCUUCUGACUGGACCACAGCCUAACUUGCAGCCUCCAAUUGUCAAUACAGAGGAGGCCUUGCUCUACAAGGCACAGUUACAAGCCAUAGAUCCCACCAUUGAAUAUUUGAUGACACUCUAUCUAUCUCCCGAUUUGACUCCCGAUGAGAUCCGAAAGGCAAAGCAAUCUGGUAUCGUAGGAGUGAAAUCAUAUCCCAGAGGUGUCACAACGAAUUCAGAGGGCGGGAUAGAAUCCUAUGAAGUCUAUUACCCCAUAUUCGAGGCUAUGGAAGAACAGGAUAUGGUUCUCAAUCUUCACGGUGAAGUCCCAUCCGAUCCAACAAGCAACACCUGUGUAUUGAACGCGGAAGCUACAUUCUUGCCUCACCUCGUGAAGCUCCAUAAAAGGUUCCCUAAGCUUCGCAUCGUACUCGAGCAUGCCACUACACGAGCAGCAGUUGAAUGUGUCAAGAGUCUGGGCUCCACCGUCGCCUGCACAAUUACUGCUCACCACCUGGAUCUCGUAGUGGAUGACUGGGCUGGCCAGUCGUGGAAUUUUUGCAAACCUGUCGCCAAGUUUCCCGACGACAGACAAGCGUUGAGAGAGGUCAUAAAAGAAGGACAUCCCCGUUUCUUCUUUGGGUCGGAUUCUGCACCUCACCCACCCGAUAGGAAGUCCGUCUCCUCACCCAAACAAGCUUGCGCUGCUGGAGUGUACACUUCACCCAUCCUGCUUCCGCUCGUUGCGACCUUGUUAGAGUCAUUUGGCGCAUUAGAUAAAUUGGAACAUUUUGUGAGUGGAUUCGGAAGAGCGUUCUAUGGUAGACCAGCUGCAGACGAGAGGGUCACACUGCGCAAAACAUUGCACAAGUUUGUCGAAGACUCCUGGGCUCUGGGCGACGCCACCGUUGUUCCCUUCUGGGCUGGCAAACAAAUAGGCUGGGAGAUUGUGAGCGAGUAGAUUAGCAAACUGGAUGUACAUAACAGUGUAAAGUGAAGGAUGUAAAGUGUGAUACAAUCCACGUAUUUGGUCGUCUCGCUAUGAAGAAAACAGAAAGUAAUUCCAUUUUGACCGUAUAGAGGACUCGU